AUGCCCGAAGACUGCAGUAUACUACCCCCGACCAUUGAGCACCUACGGUUCAACGGACAUACCCGUGCCCUACACACAAGCCCAAACAACGCAGCAACCUGUGACACGCACACGUGUCAAAACCACACCCAAGCCACACAUACCCACCAGACCGAUACAGCAGCCGUCGCACCGCUUCCGCAGUUGCACACACUGGCAUUGAACUGCUGGGUGAGUGGCCAGGGGGCUAUGCCACUUGCUACCCUCACUACCCUCACGACGCUGCGUGUGGAUACGUUUGCCGAUUGGGAUACGCUGCUGCGAGUGGGGACCACGUGCCCGGCGCUGGCGCAUUUGUACGUCCAUGAGGGGCGACCUUGGGUAUGCUCUGAUCGACCCCACUACUCUGGGCGUGGGCGUUUCUGGUUGGAGUCAGAGUGGAAACGCUACCAUGGCAUGUGUUUGUCGGUGUGUUUGUACAUACCUCUCCAGACCCGUAUCACAUGCAAGCGGACAGGUCGAGGGCGCACGGUCCCAAGCAAGACUUUCAGCCAGUUGGUGAUUGAGGAAAGAGUGCGCUUCUACGAUGAAUGUGAUUUUUCACCCGUAUAGCCAUGUAGUGCCGUCCUUCAGUUAAUAGUAAAGGUGCAUUCUAUAUGAGGGUUUGUAAGGACCCUUUCGCCAGUCUAGC